AUGCCAGCCCUAGCCCCGGCCCUGGCAGCGGGGGCGGCCCGGUGUCUGCUGGCUCUGGCCGCGGCUCUCUGCUGCCCGCCGUGCGCCCCGGCGGCCGCGACGCUGAACACUGUGCUGGUAAACUCCAAUGCCAUCAAGAACGGGCACUCGGGGCCCGGCGGCGGCGGUGGCGGCGGCGGAGGCGGUGGCGGCGGCAGCAGCGCGGGGCUGGUCCCUUUCUGGGCAGUCAGCGUGGCACCAGGGGACAGCGUCCUGUUCGAGCGCCCCAAUGGGUACAUGCACGUGGACAACAAACACCAGCAACAUUUUAUGUGUGUGGAUGACAAGAAUUGCGGUCUGGAGGAAUACUGCGACAUCGGUCCCCGGGGCAGCAGUAGCCCAGGCGGCGGCGGCGGCAGCAUCGGCGUGCAAAUCUGCCUGCCCUGCCGGAAGCGCCGCAGGCGCUGCCAGCGUACAAUCAUGUGCUGUCCGGGAAACUACUGCAGCAACGGGAUAUGUGUGCCAUUGGAUCAGAACCACUUACAUGCAUUAGAAAUGGAUGAGAUGACCACAGAACCAGUGAAUAAUGAUCACAGCCUUUUAGAAGGCCAGCCGAGGAGGACCACUCCAUCUGCUAAGACCAGAGGCCAGGAAGGCGCCGUUUGCCUCCGCUCCUCUGACUGUGCGGAUGGCCUCUGCUGCGCUCGGCACUUCUGGUCCAAGAUCUGCAAGCCGGUCCUCAAGGAAGGCCAAGUGUGCACCAAGCACAGGAGGAAAGGCUCUCACGGAUUGGAGAUUUUCCAGCGCUGUUUCUGUGCCGAAGGCCUGUCCUGCAGAGUACAGAAAGAUCACUUAACCAAUAACGCAUCCCGGCUUCACACCUGCCAGAAACACUGAACUGCCCUCGUCUCGGGAGGCUGGCCGAAGAACUCCUGUAUUUGACUUCGACUACGGAAACUUUCUUCUCCCGUCAGCUGAACCUGCAGAAGGGACGCAUUCAGUGUUUACAGUUGCACUCUCCAAAUUCUCCUUCCGGAAGGCUGAGUGCAAAAAACGGCUUUGUUUCUGUAGGGA